AUGCCACAGCGUAGCAGCCACGUGGCUUCAACGAAUCUUAGCGAUAAAGUGGCUGGCGAAAAAAAUUUUCGAAAUUUUUGGCAGAAAGUUGCUGGUAGAAAAACGUCAAAAAUUUUGCAAGAAAGUUCAAAAAAAUUUCCGGGAGGGCUGGCUCCCCCUGAUCGGGAACCCUGCUCCAAAGCAGCAGCAGUAUUUUUGGAAUCAGACAAGAAUAAGCCUGCUCUUUGCUGA